CAGCAGCGCACGUCAAACUUUCUAAAGUUGGCUCAAUCUUUGCGAUCGUGUUCAUCUCAAACCCCGUUUAUCUUGAUGACACGUACUAGUAUUGUGUUUAUGUUUAAUUCUGUGCUGGAAAGUAGGAAUGGAAAUAUAGACGUUGUUUUGCAAUAACGUUAGUCGUAAGGAUCAAAUAAUAAAGUUUCCACCGUUCACUAGCUUACCCUACUGCUCCAUUUAGCCUCAGUCUGUCAUGCUUUCAUUUGCUGUUCACUUGCGAAAUUAUCAAUGAGGAGAAAACGGUCAAAAUUAUGUGCUUAACGUUACGAUUUGAUCGCUGAGUAACGUUAGUGCGUUUUUGCUAACGUUAGUUUACCUGCAAAGUCUUCCGACUUACUUCUGUCAUCGUCGCUGAGGAUGGAUCAGUACCAUAUUUUGGAGGUUAUCGGGGAAGGGUCAUUCGGACGAGUGUACAAAGGUCGCAGGAAGUUCAGCGGCCAGGUUGUGGCUUUGAAGUUCAUUCCUAAAGUUGGCCGCUCAGAGAAGGACCUGCGCAGUUUGAAAAGAGAGAUUGACAUCAUGAGGGGUCUUAAGCAUCCCAACAUAGUGCUGCUUUUAGACAGUUUUGAGACUGAGAGGGAGGUGGUGGUGGUGACAGAGUAUGCAGAGGGGGAGCUGUUUCAGAUCCUGGAGGAUGACGGGAGUUUACCUGAGAAACAGGUGCGUGAAAUAGCCUGCCAGCUUGUCUCUGCCUUGUAUUAUCUCCACUCACAUCGCAUUUUACACCGUGACAUGAAACCACAAAACAUCCUGCUGGGAAAAGGAGGAGUCGUGAAGCUCUGUGACUUUGGAUUUGCUCGUGCCAUGAGUGUGUCCACUUUGGUGUUGACCUCUAUUAAGGGGACGCCUCUCUACAUGUCUCCGGAAUUGGUAGAAGAGAAGCCUUAUGACCACUCAACUGACCUUUGGUCUCUGGGCUGCAUCCUCUAUGAGCUCCACACGGGGGCGCCUCCGUUCUACACCAACUCCAUCUUUCAGCUGGUGCAGCUCAUAGUGAGAGAUCCUGUCAAAUGGCCAGACAACAUGAGCCAAGACUGCUUGAGUUUUCUGAAGGGAUUGUUGAUGAAAGAGCCAGAGAAGAGACUGUCAUGGCCUGACCUGCUCCAUCACCCUUUUGUUGCAGAUGGAGUUCUGAUGGUGUCAGAUGAAGGUUCGAGUAACCCGCUCACUGUUCCACCCAGUCCAGACGUCCAGGCCCUCAAACACCAGCAGGUUGCAGAGAAAACAACAGUGCGCAGCGGAGAAGGCAAACUACUGCGCAAAGCCAGAGAGCUUCGAGAGAAAGAGAAGACUAACAGACGGGAGGUUGCGAGUGGAAGUGCUGCUCGCUGUAAGACAGCUUCAGCUGGAGGAGCCUCCAACACCGGCCAUUCAUUGGGCAGCACCUUUUCAGUGUAUCAAAAUUCAUCUCAGCCAGCAACCAAUCGGCAUCAAGCAAAUGACAACAGUGUUACCAGGGCACGCUCAGCUCCUCAUAAAGGUCAGAUCAGUAGAGACUAUGCGAGGGAGUUUCCUUCAGUAGAGGUGGGACCCCGACAGUUUCUAAAGCGCCCUGGACAUGUAAGGACAAGCCUGGCUUCUGUCCGGAUGGACAGUGAGGAGCAGGAUAUGGACAGUGAUUAUGAAUGGCAGCGGUUGGUUGAAUUAAGCGAUCGGGGACCAGUAAACACUUCCAUCCUUCAGAGGUUAAAGACAAAGCUUCUGCAAGCCAAAACCCAGCUGCUGGUCAGGAAGGGUGAAGAGACCUCUUCAAUUCUCCAGCCACUAAAGGUCUUGAGAAACAUUGUUCAGGGCUGCCGGAUUGGAGAUGUCGAAACAGUGGGAAAAGAGCUGGAACUGCCUCAUCUUCUGUUCAGUCUGAUUGAGGACAUCCUGAACAUUCCAGAUCUAAUGCAGGAGUCGCAGGGUGAGACAGUAUUGGCAGAUCUGAUGAGUGUCCUCAUAAUGUACCUGGAAAAGAGCCCGGGCUGGGAGAUAAAGGGCAGAAGAGCUGAGGAUCUCUGUCAGCUAUUUAUUUCGGUGUUUCUCAGUCGAGACCCAAAGCGCUCAACGCUUUUGGCAGCAGCAGUCUUAACCUUGUUCACACAGCGCGGCGUGUCUGUGAAUGUCGGUAUGGAAAAGCUCACGGCCGUUUUGGGGGAUGUUUUGACAGACACAGAGGCUCAUAACCCCUUACCUGCAGGUUGGGGCCUGUGUGAUGGCCUUCUGUCACUGAUUCUCCACAGGCUAGCUGAGUGCGAGAGCAGCUCACUGCUCAACUUUCAGGAGUCAGAUCUGUGGCCCUGCCUGUGGGCUAAAGUGAACAUCACACUGCAAAACACGACAUCCCAAAGCUGCCAUUUCUCUCCUAACGGUCUGUACAUGUUCCUCUCUCUGGCUUUAUUGCUUUUCUCCAGCGAUCCAUACACCUGUGUGACUCUCCUAUCAGAUAACACCACAAACUGCUCCUCCACCCUCGGGCACCUUCUCACCACCCGUUGCAGCGCUUCAUUGCUUGAACGUGGUCUUUUCUGGGGCGACUCAGAAAUAAACAGCCUAUCAGUGAUGAGCUGUCAUCUCCUCUGCAUCCCCUUCUCUCUGGACUUGCCCCUGGAAAAACAUCUGUCUGUUCUCCAGUCAUAUCAAAGCUCAAAUAUUGUUGCAGGUUUAAUACAGAUGAUUCAGACCAUUCCUAUUGCCUUGGUGGAGCUUCCGUUGUGUCUUCUGAAUCGUCUCCUGCUAUCUGACCCACAACACACCACUCCUUGCCUUAUCACUGCCGCCCAGGCCUCCGCUUUCCUCCCGCACAGCACAGAAAGCUCAGACAAUGGAGCAGACCACACUCAGACUCAACUUAAGCCCUCUGGGAAUGGUGUUGAGCGAUGUAAGAGCAAUGGAAAUGUAAAGAAAGCCAAGACUGAUCAUAUCAAAGGAGACAUCAAAUCAAAAAAGAGCUUAGAGCGACCCACAGGCAAUGUAGAUGCAUCCAGGGAUAAAAACGGUUCCCAAUAUGCGCCAUCCAGAAACAUCCGCCAAACCAAAAUCAAGAGUCAAGCCAAAAUAUAUCCAAUGAGUGCCAUGGAGCAUCUUAGAGAUGAAAUCGCACCAAAGAUCGGUCAUAUAGAGGAGCUCAUGGACAGUCUGGAGAUUCAUGGCAGUUCUGUAGGACUCUCAACUCAGCAAGGCUGCGGCAUCAGCAUGCUUAUAGACAGUCUGGAGGAGUUCAGAAGAAGUGGCGAUCACCCCAAGAUCUCAAUUCGAUCCUCGCCUGAGGAGGCCAGAACAGCAGGAUCUCUGUUGGCUCUACUUCUACAAAGUGAAGCUCUCAGUGGGUGCGCAGUAGAACUUCUCAUCCUUCUCUCCCUACUAACACAUCAUCCCACCUAUCAGUCGUCCUUCUUUCUUCCAGUCGAAACCACCCAACUGCGACUCGCAUUGCUCCACCGAGAUGAUGGAAUCCGAGCCGCCUGCUGUGGCUUGAUGGGCCACCUGGGUUUAAGUUUGAUACAGGUUAUCAAGGAACCAAAAUUUGACCUGUUCCAGAACCUGUUAGGUUGCCUUUGCGAUUCUGCUCCGUCUGUUCGUAGGGCGGCCUGCAAGGCUGUAGGAAACUGGUUGAAUGAAAUCAGAAAAACCAGUGCCAAUAUUCCUAGCAAAGGUCUCAAGAGUACAACUGACAUGCAGACAUGGUCAGUACAAGACAAACCGAGGAGGACGGAGGGCGUCAGGUAUAUGGAGGCAGACGUAUGGAUGCAGCUCGCCAUAGGAGCCGCUCGUCCUCUGGUGUCUCUGCUGUCAGAUACUGAUAAUGUCAUUCGACAGCACUGCUGUGGGGCCUUGGCUAAUCUGGCUGCCUUCAGUGGAGGAGAUGGAGCUCUUCUCAAUGCAGACGCUCCAGGCUUGAUUCUCCAGACUGCCUGUAAUGAUUCCCAUCAUGCAGUGCGACGGGCAGCUGUGGCCACUCUGCGUGUGUUUAGCCAGCAAAACACAUUACUGCAGGCUCUGAGGUCUCUAGACGCAGGAAGAAAACUCUGUCGCUCAUCCCAAAGCUCUUUAUUUCAGAGGGAUUAUCAAUGGCUUGUCAGCAAGUUGGACGGGUCAGUUGAAGGAAAAACAUAAACGUCAGCUUCAUAGUUUGUUUGUGAGGGAAAGGACAUCGUUUUGCAUGAUCUAAAUAUGGUUUGCUGGCUGGGAAAGCUUGCUGGAUUUAUGUUUAUUUGAUCUGUGAUCAAAAGGUUUUGAUUGAAAUGGAAUGUGUUGUGUGAAAAUGACAGUGACUAAAUAUCAUCUCAAAAAUAAGAGAGAAUUUU